GUGCCGGUGACCUUCGAGGACGUGACGGUGCGCUUCAGCAGGCAAGAGUGGGCACACCUGGACGACGGGCAGAGGGACCUGUACAGGACCGUGAUGGAGGACAACUACGAGACGCUGAUGUCCCUGU